UCAUUGAUCUUGGUGAGGGGGUCGGAUCCGGUUUGCAGCAGUGACAGUCAGCUGAUUAAGUCUGAGGCAUUUUAACUAGCACUUGGUACUGCGGAAAACGUAUAAUCUUCGAGUCUGUUGCUGGAGAGGCAGAGUUUUCACUCUAAUAGCCCAACACCUUUAAAGCACUCUAAAUUUCGUUUUGCCUUUUAAACCGCAGGGUUUUGUUGUCUCUUGUGCCGAAGCCAUGGCUCUCAGCGAUGCAGAUGUGCAGAAACAGAUCAAGCAUAUGAUGGCCUUCAUUGAGCAGGAGGCAAAUGAGAAGGCAGAAGAAAUUGAUGCAAAGGCAGAAGAAGAAUUUAAUAUUGAGAAAGGACGUCUUGUACAAACACAGAGGUUAAAGAUUAUGGAGUACUAUGAGAAAAAGGAGAAGCAAAUUGAGCAGCAAAAAAAAAUUCAAAUGUCCAAUUUGAUGAAUCAGGCCAGGCUGAAGGUUCUGAAGGCCAGAGACGACUUGAUUGCGGAUCUCUUGAAUGAAUCUAGACAAAGGCUUGGGAAAAUUGCCAAAGACCCAGCCAAGUAUGCAAGCUUGCUGGAAGGAUUAGUUUUGCAGGGAUUUUAUCAACUGUUGGAGAACAAUGUUACUGUUCGCUGUCGUAAACAGGAUCUUGUUGUGGUGAAGGCUGCGGUUCAAAAAAACAUUCCAAUUUAUAAAGCUUCUGUAAAAAAAGACCUUGAUGUUCGCAUUGACCAAGAAAACUUUUUGCCGGCAGAAAUCUCUGGUGGAGUGGAGAUCUAUAAUGCAGAUCAGAAAAUUAAAGUAUCCAACACUUUGGAGAGCAGAUUGGAUCUAUUGGCCCAACAGAUGAUGCCUGAAAUCAGAGUAGCUCUUUUUGGUGCAAACCAGAAUAGAAAGUUCAUGGAUUAAUACAUCCCACAACUGUUUGUUUGUAACAGAACAAGGAAGAAGUGUUUCAUUAAAAUGGUGAUCAUAUAAAAUAUUUAAAAACUUAAUUGUGUGUUUGUAUUGUACAGUUUUGUUAUCUUGUCAAAUAGCAGGGAAGUUUAAAGUUUGACCAUACUGUAAUUUGCUUCCUACCAUAUCCUGAGAAAGUGGCUAUUUGUGUAUUACAAUGAUUAAAGAAGUUGUUGUUAAUUUUUUUUUUUUUUUUUUUGCCGAAAUUAUGUUUUUACUCCAUAUAACUGUGUGUGCAGCAUCUUCUAUGAUGUUGCAGUUUUGUUACUAAACAGUAUAGUGCUGCAGCAGAUCAUAUGGAAAUCUGUACUGUAUAUACAUAUUUGUGAAAAUGCACCGCAUAUUCUUGAAUAUGAUUUACAAUGUCUUCUUUUUGACAGUAAGGCAUAAACCAGUAACCUAACUUACCAACUGCAGUUCAAGUCUUAUAGUAUUUAUUUUGAAGUGUAACUGGGCCACCUAUUUAUGCUGUACAUUUUAUUAGCAUUAAAAAGGGGAAGGUAAAAUAUUUGGACCCUAAUAAGAGGAAAAAGCAAAAGAUUAACUUUUUUCAAGGAUUAAUGGUCUGUUCAUCUCAAGAAAAACAUCUGUCAAAUGUAUUGUAUAUGUGGUUUUAAAUAAAUACAUGUUCUGUCAC